GUGAAAUUUUUGAUUAGAAAUUAGAAAAUAUGCAGAUUUCUUUUCCCCCAAUUUCAUCGCCAUUCUAGGUCUUAUCAAAUCGAAAAAUCGAAUUUCACCGCAGGUGGUGGAGUCUUGCGCCGGAGUACCGAAAGAUCGCAAAACUCAGCCAACUGGUGGAGACUUUGCCGGAGAACUUAAAGAGGAAUGUCGAAUUCGGAGGGUUCAUCUACUGCAACGCCCAUCUCCUCCUCUAAUAUUGGUUUUCAGCUGCUGAAAAAACACGGUUGGAAAGAAGGAACCGGCCUUGGUAUUUCUGAACAGGGAAGGUUGGAGCCUGUGCAGGCAUUUUUAAAGAAGAACAAACGAGGGUUGGGUGCAGCAGAGAUAAAGAAAUCACAGAACACAGGGGAUCAAAAAAACUUGGCUUCUGAUAAGACUAAUGAUAAAUUAUCAAAGAAAAGUAAAGCAAAAUUGUCAAAGAAGAUGAAGAAAGCUCAAGAAAUUGAGAAGAGGUUACAAGAGAAUGAAUUCCAACGUGCUUUCUUUAGGGAGUUUUGGCCAGAUAAUAACUGCAUCAUUAACCUGAUUCACGAUCUCUCUCCUUCUUUCUCAUUCGUCUAUCAUCGAAUCGUGAUUCAGGAAAUCGACCUACCAUUUUUGCAUCCAAUCAUGGAUCCACAAGGGCAUGGGCAGCCCCAAUCUAGCAACAUGAUGAGCAGCGUAACUCAGUUAUCAUAUGCAACAAAUCCAUACGAGUCAACUCAACUGAGUGGGACCCCUGGGAGAGUACAGCAGCAACUUCAACAACAACUCCAAUCAUUUUGGGCAAAUCAAUACAGAGAAAUCGAAAAUGUCACUGACUUCAAGAACCACAGUCUUCCAUUAGCAAGAAUCAAGAAAAUCAUGAAAGCUGAUGAAGAUGUGAGGAUGAUAUCAGCAGAAGCACCAAUUGUGUUUGCAAGGGCAUGUGAAAUGUUCAUAUUGGAGUUGACUUUAAGGUCAUGGAAUCACACUGAGGAGAAUAAAAGAAGGACAUUACAGAAGAAUGAUAUUGCUGCUGCAAUCACAAGGACUGAUAUUUUUGACUUUUUGGUUGAUAUUGUCCCAAGAGAGGAUAUUAAAGAUGAAGUCACCACAGUCAGGAGCACCAGGGAUGAUGUCAAACAAGGCUAUGUUGGAUCCUGCUCUUUAUGCACAGCAGGCUCCACCUUAUAUGGGUCCCGCCAUCUGGCCACCGCCACCUCAGCAGCCUCAAUCACCCUCGGAUUCAUAGAACAUGGAAGUGAUUUUGGAGUUUUAAAUAUAAUUCACUUUCCAGUGAAUCCAAUGAUAUUACUGAAGCAUAUGAAUGGUGGUGGAUCAUGGCUUUGUUUUUUUUAUUUUCAUUAAAUAAGGAAAUACAUGUUGAUUUCCCUAACAUAUGCAUUGGUUUUGGUUAGUACUUGAGAAGUCGAUACAUUUUAAUGCCAAAUCCAGUGAAAUUUUGUGUUAUAUGAGUUAAUAGUUGCAUAUUAUGUUGAAUUUGUUAAAAAAAAGUUUUUUUCAUGAUGAAAUCAUGAAACAUGCUCAUUGUUCUUUUUUCAAUUGUAUAAAUAAUCAGUAUCUAUGAUUUAAAAAAAAAAAGCCAUCUACAUGCAGUUUAUAUACAAAUUACAACUUGAAAAGGGAAC